UUACAGCACAGCUGCUGAGUGGAAGAAAUGUCGGUGUUUGUGAAAUGCCAGUUACAGCUGUAAAAAUUGAUCAACAGGACGUGCUAGAAGUUAAACCCUCGGAUGGUGAUGUUCACGUAUAUCGGGAAGGAAAGAGAACGGUUUAUCACGGGCGAAGAACUGCAGCCUCUCUCGUUUCAUUCGUACUACAGGUUAAUUCGUCUGAGGUGAAGGUAAUUUCGGGCAAGCUGGAUAAGAUAGCUUUUGACAGCAUCAAUCAACCGAAAGUUGUCGGUUUUUUCAUGAAGGGAACACCAGACUUUCAAGCUUUCCAAGAAGCAGCUGGAGCAUUCCUGCCAUCUGUUCCAUUUUACGUCACGUUUGACAGAACGGUUGCUAAGCACUUGAAGCUGGAUACAGUCGGUCAGAUCCAUAUCGUAAGGCCGUUUGAAAGACAACCGGUUUCUUGUCCUCAUAACCCAGCAACUACUACAGAAAUCGAAGCAUUCGUAAGAAAAAAUAAAGGUUCCAUUUUGACGAAAUUAAACGAACACAACCUUUACGACCCAGAGCUAAUUGACCCAACUAAUAAGUUGGUACUCGCUAUUGGAGAAGAAGCAUCCCCACUAGGGCACUACCUCUAUCACCUUUUGACCAAAGUAAUUAAGAACAACACAAACAACACGGAGUUUCGGAACCUAAACAUCGUGUGGAUUGAACCCCAAGUAUUUCCCGUCGUGUAUGUUGUAAUGGAUCAACUACAGUCAGCCUUCGGCGUUCCCCCACAAUUGCCCAAGAUUGGUGCUGUGAACUUCACGAAUAACCUCACCGCAUGGUUUAACACAACUCUGUUCAAUACCACUGCUGAUAAAACGGCUGAUGAACAAAACCUCCUGCUUCUACAGGACUGGUUGUACCAAGUGAUCAAUGACACGCUUGCUCCACAACCCUCGGGCUUGCAGACCUUUAAGAAGAUCCCUCAGUCCCAAAUAGUGCCAGAAGGAACUGACGUGGUUCUGGAAUGCGUCAUCGCCAAUCCUAUUGGGGACUGCUUGUGGAUGAAAGAUGGUCACAACAUUGGCUUCAACCUCAACCGUUUCCCCCAGUACUCGUGGGUUGGAGAACGACUUAAUGGAGAUUGUAGUCUUAAAAUCACAGGCGUCACCAAAGGACGGGAUGAUGGAGAAUGGGUAUGUGAAGUCACUGGAGAUGUUGAAAAUCCCACGAUAACUUCCACACCCGCAGUUAUCAGUAUAACAGGUUCUGAGAAGAUGGAACUAUAAAAAGAGGGAAUAAAUUGGUCUAAUUUUUCACUAGCAAAAGUAUUGACGAUUUAAACAGACUUCACCCUUGAUGUAUUAUGUGUAUAUUUGAACUUUCACUCAAGAAACAUGCCAAAAUCGGUUACAGAACUCAAACAUUCAUUGUUUAGUUAGUAAUGUACUGAACAACUGCUAGUGAUCUUACUUGUAUAAAACUUACUUCGCCAUGAUGGUGAUCGCAUAUUAAAAACAUAACUUGUUGUCGUAUAAGUGUUCUCCCUUUAUAGAAAUUUCAUAAUGAGAUUACUAACUGAACGAACAUAAUUAGGUUUUGUUUACAAUAAUUAAAACUUUGUUCCCUUCCAGGCUGACUUCUAAUAAUAAAAAAAAAAAAAAGUUCACAUAUGAUCGAUUUAUAACAUUAAUUCUUUAAAUAAUUGUUAAUUUUUUUCACAUGCUGAGUUCACUUAUGUAUUAGUUCCAUUCAAAUCCUAUUUUAAGAUAAUAAAUAUUUUAACUUCCUCUUCCACUAUGCGUCUUCUAUGAUA